AUGCCAAGAUUCAAGGCUACUCCACAACAGAUUUAUUUAAACGAUAAACGAGAACUCUCUGAGGGUGAGGAAGAAGAUCAAGAAGAAGAUGGGGAGGACGAGGAGGACGACGAGGAAGAGGAAGCAGACGACGAGGAAGAAGAAGGUGAGGAAUAUAUGGAUGACGAGGAUAAAGAAGUUAAUGCCGAAUCUCUUGACAAGGCCCAAGAGGAAGAUGUUCACUGCAAAAAUGAUCUAAAUAACAACUAUACUACUAGUGAUAAUAACAGUAGUAUAAUGGAUCAGAACGAGAAUAAUUCAAGCAUAGACGACGCUGUCAGUGAUACUAGCCCUCAGAAGAAGUUGUCUGUGUCACUGAUGAAAAGACCUCUUUCUAUUACUGAUAACAACGCUGCUGCUGCUACUACUACUGAUGAUGAUGACGAUAAUGAUGUUGGUGAUGAAAGUCAUGAAGAAAAGCGAAGAAAGACAACAACAACAACAUCAGAAAGUAUUAUUUCAGCCCCAGUGACUUCAGAAUGUUUGAAUAGUUUACAGACAGCUGCUUUUCUUGCACAAGCUGCUGCUGUUGCUACUGUCGCUACUGUUGCUGCCCUAUCCUCUGGACCUUUAAUUCCAAUAUUUCCCUCGGAUACACCACCGAUAGCUCCACUUGGCUUAUCAUUACCCCCUCCACCUGCACCUCAGGCUAAUCCACCAGUACAAACAGGUGGUGCCGGGGGUGGCGCGGGUGGCAGUAGUAUUGGUAGUAAUCAAGAUGGUGACGAUGAUGCGGAGGGCAACUCUAGUCAAGGUGAUGCUGAAGGUGAUGAUGAUAAUGAACAACAACAAUUUCAUCAGUGUAAAUCCCGUGAACGUGAAAAACAAUUAAUCAAUUGUCCUGUAUGCUGUAAAACAAUGUUACGCGGGUCAUUACGUGAACAUAUGGAUCGACAUGCUAAUAGUGGCAAGUAUAAAUGUAAUCUAUGCGAAAAAACAUUUAGUCGUGCUAGUGCACGUGAAAAACAUCUACGGACACAUACUGGUGAACGUCCUUUCAAGUGUCAUUUAUGUCCGAAAGCAUAUCGUCAAAAAGUUCACUUGAAUGAACAUUUACGUUCACACACAGGGUUAAGACCAUAUUUAUGUAAAUUAUGCGGUUUUUGUUCUGCUUCAAAAUCCUUACUGAAUCGUCAUUUACGUAGUCAUGGGAUACAGAAAAAUUUAGAUCAAAAUUCGAAUAUAUGGAUGAAAAUUGAUGCUCCGAAAGAGGAAGUAUUAAAUAUUGCUGCAGAAGUUGGUAGAGUACUAUCACAAAAACAAAAUGAUAACAAUACUAAUCAUACUACUAAUAACAACAACCCUAUAAGUAGUUCUAAUAGUAGUGUCGAUUUAAAAUCAAUUUAUACUACUGUGACUACUAAUACAAAUGAUUAUUUACAACAGUUAACAUCCAACGGGACAGCUUCAUUACUCAUUGGUCGUAAACACUUGUGUCAUCUAUGUCCAGCUGGUUUUCCAACUGUACAAGCCUUAAGAAGUCAUCGUAUGAUAACGCAUAAUGUUAUAGCACCGCAUAAAUGUCCCCAGUGUGACGAGUCAUUUACAUCAGUGAAAUUAAUGGAAGCACAUUUAAGAAAAAAUCAUCCACAGAUUUGUCCAAUCUGUUCAAAAAAGAUGUCUGAACGUCGAAAAUGGAUGGUAGAAGCGCAUAUCAGAAAAGCACAUCCAGAGGCUGUUGAAACUUACUGUCCAAAUAAUAAGAAAUUAAGAAAGAUCAAACCAAAACCAACCACAACCACAACAACUACGACUUCUACUCCUACUGUGACUGCCACGACUGCUUCUACUACUCCUACGGUUACUGCUAUACUUGUUAAUAAUAAUAAUAAUGCUAGUACUGGUGUUAAUAAUAGUAAUACUGAUACAAGUCAUCUACCCCCCACCUCUAAUGUCAAAAAGUCCGCUUCUUCUACUUCUAACAGUUGUCAUCCAACAGAACUGCAAAAAUGGGAAUAUUUUAGACCAGAUAAAGUGAAUUCUUCAAGUGACGACGACGAGGACGUCGAUGGUGAUGACGUCGAGGAAGAUGAAGAAGAAGAUGAAGAGGAUAACGAUGAAAAUGACGAGAAUGACGUGUUGGAGGAGGAUGUCCAUGAUGAUGACGAGGAGAAUGACGACGACGCCGCCGACAACAGCAGCAGCAACAACAAUCAAGCCGACGAGAAACUUACAAACAAUAAUAAACACAAGUCUAAUUCCAAUAGGAAAUCAUUUAAAACAGUAAAGAAUACUGAAUUCAUCAUCGAUGAAAACACCACGACCUAUUCAAUAGACAAUGAACAGUUAGAUGACAAUAGUUUACUUGAACAUAUAAAGGAUGAUGAUGAAAUGCAUGAAUUCGACUUGGGGAUAUAA